AUGGUCUUCGGCAUUCUAUCACUCGCUGCUACUGUCCCACUUCUAGCGACAUCUACAGUACAACUUCAGCAAACAGCACAAGAAACCAAAGAUGGCAACGGAUCGAACAUCGGCUCGACAAAGACCAACAAGUGCCAUUUGAACGUGGUACCUUCUCCACGCGAAAGAAGUGAUGUCAAAAGUGCUCUCAAGGACAGAAGGCUGAUUCUCAAGGAUGGGUUCGUGAAACUUAGCGCUCAAGCUGAGAAGGACUCUCCGUUUCAUCCAGUCACAGCCUAUUUUCUACCAUUUCCAAAUGCCAGCUACGAUGGCCUCGUCACUACCAUUGAUGCCAUGAACAUGUUGAACUGGUUGUACAUCGACAGUACAUCUUAUCGCGUUACAUAUGGUACAAGAGCUCAAACUGAGAAUCACUUGACGGGACCGAUGGGAUUGACCUUGAUGGCAGAUGGGUCAUCGAAGGUAACCAUGGACGGAUGGGACGGCUACAUGGCUGUAGAGGGUGAAGAUGGCGAAUGGUCUUUGUACUUCGAUAAGGACUCAAAUGGUCUAGCUGGCAAGAUUGAUGAAAACAAAACUAAACGUACAGCUCAAAUAGAGCUUCAUCGCGAUAUGCUGGAGUAA